CCCGCACCUGCCUCUGGCAUUUCUUUUUACACACUUGUGCUCACCAUGAAUUCUACGUCGGAUGCUAGUAGCAAGUCCUCGCGUCGCAAACCCUCUAUCAACAUCUGUAUAAUUGGCCAUGAUCAUCAUGGUAAGACGACCCUGACGGCUGCUAUCACUAGCACGCUAGCCGCGAAGUUCAGCUCGACGACCAUGAUAACCUACGAGGAGAUUGAUAACGCGCCCGAGAAGAAACUCCAUAGCACCACCAUCCGGACCGCUAACGUCGAGUAUGAGACCGAAAAUCGCUACUAUAGUCACGUCGACUUCCCUAGUCACGUUGAUUACAUCAAGAACACGCUCAGUGGCGCGGUGCAGAUAGACGGCGCGAUCCUAGUCGUGUCAGCUAUAGACGGCCCGACACCGCAGACUCGCGAGCAGAUUCGACUAGCACGGCAAGCGGGUGUGCCGUACAUCGUUGUCUUUCUAAACAAGUGCGACAUUGUUGACGACGAGGAACAGCUUAAGCUGGUGGAAAUGGAAGUGCGUGAGCUGCUGCACAAAUCCGAUUUCUCAGGCAAUGACGUGCCGAUCAUUAAGGGUUCGGCGCAGAAGGCGCUAGAUGGAGUUAGGGGCGAGCUAGGCGACCGCGCGAUCAUACGCCUAGGUGAGGCGUUAGACGCGCAUAUCCUAGCGCCAGUGCAAGCGGUGUCUCGCCCGUUCCUUAUGGCAGUGGAUGAUACGUUCUAUCUGCCUUAUCGUGGAAUGGUGGCAACAGGCCGUAUUGAGCGCGGCAUGAUCGCGAUCGGCGAUACAGUCGAAGUUAUAGGCUUCGGGAGGAUAGUAUCGACGAUUUGUACCGGUGUUGAGAUGUUUAAGAAGCAGCUAGACAUAUGCCAGGCGGGGGAAAACGUGGGUAUUCUGCUACGUGGCCUUAAGCCUAAGGACGUGAGCCGCGGUUAUGUGCUGGCGAAGCCAGGCACGGCUACGAUGCACGCGGAUUUCACAGCAGAAAUCUACGUGCUGGACACGGAUAAGGGCAGUCAUACCACAUCGUCCCCUAACCACUACCGGCUACGUUUCUCCUAUGGAAUCGACAUGAACGGUUCUAUCUCGUUUCCUGGAGGGAGGGAGAUGGUGAAGGCGGGCGAUAACCUAUCGAUCACGGUUAAGUUGAUCGCGCUGAUCACGAUGGAAAAAGGCCUGCACUUUAUUAUCCAUGACGGUGAUAGGACUUUCGGCUUCGGCGUCGUUACGUCUAUCCUCGAUGUAUAGCCGCUAUAAUUUAUAUUCUCUCAUAUGCUUUCAUGCUUCUCUCGUGCGCGUACGCUUGAUGUUCUAGAUACUUUCGGGAUCUCGUGGUUCUAAAAAGGCUAUUCCAUCCUAUAGUUACAUAACUAGAGCGGUGCUAUGGGGUCGUCCGCCUUUAUUAGGUGGUGCUGUGAUACUAC